AUGACGAAAGAGGCACUUAAAGAGAAAGAGCUUGGAAAUGCAGCAUAUAAAUUGAGAAAUUUUGAUGAAGCGACAGAACAUUAUAAUAAAGCCAUCGAGCUUGACCCUACAAAUAUUGUUUUCUACAACAAUAAAGCUGGUAUGGUUUAUUUUGAAAUUGUGAAAAAAAAGAAGGUGCUUGAAAAAGAAUUGGUUGAGAGAGAAAGAUUGGCAUAUAUAGAUCCGGAAUUAGCAGAAAAAGAAAAAAUCAAAGGAAAUGAAUUGUUCAAACGAGGUAAAUAUCCUGAGGCUAUGAAACACUAUAACGAAGCCGUUAAACGGCAUCCAGAUAAUCCAGUUCUCUAUUCUAACAGAGCAGCUUGCUACACGAAGUUGAUGGAUUUCCAAAGAGCUCUUGAAGAUUGUGAGACGUGUAUUAAAAAGGAUCCGACUUUCAUAAAAGCGUACAUCAGGAAAGGAGCAGCAUUGAUAGCUAUGAAAGAAUAUGGCAGAGCUCAGAGUGCUUAUGAAGCAGCGCUUGCUUUAGAUGCCAACAAUCAAGAAGCUCGUGAUGGUCUUAUGAAUGCAAUGAGCAAUAAUAAUGAAGAUCCUGAUGCUGCUAGAGAACGUGCUUUAAGAGAUCCAGAAGUGCAAGAAAUCCUAAAAGACCCUGGUAUGCGACUGCUUUUAGAUCAAAUGAGCCAAGAUCCCGGAGCGGUGCGUGAACAUCUUCAAAAUCCAGACAUACUGAGAAAGCUAAUGAAAUUGCGUGAAGCAGGAAUCAUAAAGAUGCGAUAA